AUGCCGACUUUCAAUUUCAAGGCCAUUAUUGUUCCUCUCCCACUCGUGUUGACUCUUAUUGCCGUCCUAUUCGCCACUGUGACCACCUUUGCUGAGCAAUUCAUCGCCCACGCCAAAGCAAUUGUCGCACCAGUCCACGAAGUCAUCAUCACCAAAAUCGGAACCUUACCAAGCAUCAUCACCGAUGCCCUUUUCACCAUCACCGCCGAAGCCAUCACCACCGUCACCAAUACGAUCAGAUCGCUCACCAACAGAGCUCUUGAAUCUGUUGCCGAUGCCGCCGUUCGCAGCACCAACAAAAUACUCGCUCUUCCAACCAGCGAAACCUAUCUACAGCUCGUUGUCAGAGCUCCCCGCGACUUGGUUCUCAGGGCUCCUCGAGAUCUAAUCCUUUACGGAUCGCGAGCCUUGGUUCUCACAGUUUGUUCACAAGCCUUGGUCCUGUUUGGUUCUUCCCGCGACUUGAUCGUCAGCUCUUGUUCCAGAGCCUUGGUCACGAAGGAUUCACAAUGUUUGGUCCUAGGAGAGAAUCAAGGACGCUUGAUUCAAACCUUUAACCAUGUCAUUGCCCUCCUUCGCACUACUUUGAUGAAGUUUGUUCAAGAUGUCAUCACCAACACACUUUCUAUUGAACCAGGCAUGCCAUUCGAAUUGGCUUUCCCAACUUUUGCAAAAGCCUGGACUCAAUUCCCCAGCGUUGGAGCAAUCAUGAAAUGGUUGCAAGCCUUUAUUCGACGAGUUGGUGCCCGAGCCACUGCACUCCUCGUCGCGGCUGUGGCAUUCAUUGAAUUCAUCAGUGGAGCUCUUACCACCACCGACUGUCUCGUUGUUGACUUCUCAGAAAAGAUGGUGACUAUCAUUGAUCGCAAGCUCAAGCAUCUUGUCUCUACCAUGACAGAAUAUCCUGGUACUGCCUCGGAGACUCGCUUCUCCAUGGCCGUUUUUCCUGUCACGAUAAGGAUGUACCCGCUUCGAAACUUGACCUUUUUCGAAGCAAGCUCCUUUUGGAACAUUCCAAAUUUUGAUACUUUCAGUGGUCUUGACUUGCCUGUUAUCUCUAUGGCAGUAUAUCGCAAGUUGUUCUCCAUAUCCACUUGUCCUGCAACAAGAAAGGACCCGCUUUCACACUUACACUUGACCUUUUACAGAACAGUCUCCUUCGAUUCUUUCAGGGUUUUGGACUUGUCAGAAAAAAUGUUGGCCAACACAAUUGCAAAUGCAACUGACAACGAAAAGAACCUGGAAGAUGAGGAGGAGGAGGAUGCUUUUGAGGGUUGGGCUUGGGGUGGCUCGGAGCUUUGCAACCUGUUCGCAAAACUUACCAUGAACGAUGAUGACGCUCGAAAGAGAGCAACCGACCGCUACAACACGAAUAUGCAAUUUUAG